GCCUGGGCAGAUGAUGUCAGGAGAUUUCGGAAAAUGUUUAAGUAUCCAGUUUCUACUGAGCUAGUGGUAAUCGUUGGGAAUCAUGACAUUGGAUUUCAUUAUGAAAUGACUACUUACAAGGUAAAUCGAUUUGAAAAAGUUUUCAACUUUACUUCAGGAAAGCUAAUAACUCGAAGAGGAAUAAACUUUGUCCUAGUGAACAGUGUAGCCAUGGAGGGUGAUGGCUGUGCUGUCUGCCGUGCCUCAGAGGCAAAGCUUGUGGCGCUUUCUCACCAACUGAAUUGCUCCCAGCAGAAACCAAAUCAUUCCAGCAAAAGAUGCGGUGAUGUGGAAAAGCUUCCAGCUUCAGAACCCAUCCUUUUACAGCAUUACCCUCUGUAUCGGAAAAGUGAUGUUGAAUGCAGCGGAGAAGAUUCUGCUCCUCCAGAGGAGAAGAACGUCCCAUUUAAAGAGAAGUAUGAUGUACUGUCUCAAGAAGCAUCACAAAAGCUGAUAUGGUGGUUUCAUCCCCGUUUGAUUCUCAGUGGGCAUACACAUAGUGCUUGUGAAGUGCUGCACGCGGGGAAAAUUCCAGAAAUCAGCGUCCCGUCAUUCAGUUGGAGGAAUAGAAACAAUCCUAGUUUCAUCAUGGGCAGCGUAACACCAACUGACUUCUCCCUCCAAAAAUGCUUCCUUCCGUAUGAGAGCAGAGUCUUUACUAUAUACUGUGCAGCAGGUGCUCUGCUUGUAAUCCUGAUACUAGCUCAUUUUCAGCUUCUCACUCCACCAUUUUGUUUUGCUCAGCGUUUAAUCAGUAAGCAUAAAGCAGUAUGAAGAGCCAGACAUCUGCAUUCAGUCACUGAAAUACCAAAGCUGAGAACAGUCAAACAUCAGACUAUAUUCAUGCCAGCAAAUGACCUAAUUUGAUUGCUAGUCUGAAGGCAGGUUGCAUUUACACAUACCAUAGAAGUCCUAUACAGCUGAUAUGACUACUACAGGAUAAAUAAUUAACUGAAAUGAACGUUUCAUGCUGUACAAAAAUACUGUAUUCUACAAUCAAAUGAGUCCUUUUCCUGCUAUAAUUUUCUGUAUCAAAUAUGUAUAUUAAAACUGUAACUGUACAUUAUGUAAA